GCGCCAAGGAAGGACCGAAGGGAUUGUCUGACUUCAUUCCUCUGCGCCCUGAUGCAUCGUAUCGUUGACGAAAACAAAUUAUCCAGAUCCUUUUUGUUCUUUUAUUUCCGAAUAUUUGACUGAACUACUUUAUAAGGACAGAUUUCACGCAGACACUCAGUAUGGCGUUAAAAUCUGGAGAAGAGCGUCUGAAGGAGAUGGAAGCCGAGAUGGCAUUGUUUGAGCAGGAGGUGUUGGGAGGACCUGUGGCCAUCUCUGCUGGUGGCUCUGCAAUGGUUGAAGGUGUGCCAGUCGCUCUGGCAAUGCCAGGUUUACCCAUUGUCAGGUCAAUCAUUGGCACAAACACCUACCGGGAGGUACAACAGAGUUUGGAUGCAAGGGCUGCUACAAUAGUUGGUCCUCCCCCUACAUUUGUUGGCCCUGCCAUUCCGGCAGUGCCACCUCCUCCAAUGAUGCGUCCCGCAUUUGUUCCGCACGUCCUACAGAGACCAGUUGGUCAGAGAAUGCCAUUGAUGCGUGGUCCUCCUCAUCAGGGCAUGAUGGCACCUCCUCUUCCCAGACCUCCACCUCCUCCACCCAUGAUGAUGGCUCCACCUAUGUCAAGACCUCCUCAGCCCCUCAUGGCUCCAGUUGGACCACCCAUGGGGCCCAUGCCACCAGUUGGGAGCAUGAAGCAGCACCACCACGACCAAUGUCUCAUGACAGCAGCACCACCACGACCCAUGUCUCAUGCCCCUACAAAAAUCACUCCUAGUGUUAUACAGGCAGCCCCCACUGUGUACACGGCCCCCCCGGCCCCUAAGAGAGUCGACCUCAAGAGCCAAAAACAAGCACGCAUGGAGGAGUUGUCUGCAUUGGUGGCAGAGCAGCAGGCCGCAGUGAUUGCAGCUGGGCUGCUGGAGUCAAAGAAAGAGCCGGUCAUAGAUGACAGCGUGAUCGGGCCAAACAUGCCGGAGCCUGAGCCUUCACACGCAGAGCCUAUGGAUAACAGCACAGAGGAUAAGAAGAAAGGGAAGCAAGAAAAAGUGAGGAAAUGCAUCCGGGUUGCUGCUGGCGUCACAUGGGAAGACACAAGCCUAUCAGAGUGGGAUACAGAUGAUUUCCGGAUAUUUUGUGGAGAUCUGGGGAAUGAGGUGAAUGAUGACAUCCUUGCGAGAGCGUUUAGCCGUUAUCCAUCCUUCCUGAAGGCAAAGGUUGUUCGAGACAAACGCACUGGGAAAACAAAGGGUUACGGCUUUGUGAGUUUUAAAGAUCCCAAUGAUUAUGUGCGUGCUAUGAGAGAGAUGAACGGGAGGUAUGUGGGCAGCAGACCCAUCAAACUACGUAAGAGCUCGUGGAAGGAUCGCAAUCUGGAGGUUGUACGUAAGAAGCAGAAGGAGAAAAAGAAGCUGGGACUGAGAUAAUCCAUCCAUACUGAAACUAUGGACUUGAUUUGUGUGCGUGUGUCAGAGUCACCAACCCAGGAGAAAUAUAAUGGAGGAGGAUUGAAGGAGGAUUAAAGUGGCAUCAUUGCAAAUAAACAAGCGUCAACUUUCCGCAUGGCCCAAAAUAUGAAUUUAUUUCCAGGUGUAUUAUUACGGAUUGCAUGCUGUAAAAUCAUGCAGAUCCUUUCUCUUCUCCAAAAUGCUCUUAAGAAAUAUUUUCAGAUAUAUGAAUUGUGGGAACUAAACCUUUCAAAUGCAGCUACCCUUAAAGUUCAGGAAGUCCAUUACAUUUGUUGCCAUUUUAAAGUCAAUGUUUUAAGUAAUGGGUGUAAAAAUCUUUUCAAUAAACUGAGGAGGUUCUUUAGUUUAAAAUCAAACAUGU